AACCAGUUUGUUGUCAUUAGAAGAAAAAAAAUGAGCGAGUCCGACAGUCUCCUGCCAAGAGUUACAGUAAGGACAUCUCACAGAUGUAGCUCUGUAGGAGUUGAUAGCCUCACAGAAAGUGAACGUAAAUUCAUUGAACAGUCCAGGAAUGACCAAGAACUUCAAGUACAACUGAGUUUGUCAUUGCCAUCUGGAAGUGUGUCGGAGAGUGGAGAACAUUGUCAUGCAUUACGUAGUACAGCUGGUGUAGACAAAAAAGCCAGGAACAGAUUGAUUCUAGCCAGUGUGCUGUGCCUCAUAUUUAUGGUGGCAGAAAUUAUAGGUGGAGUAAUAGCUGGAAGUUUAGCAAUCAUAUCCGAUGCCGCUCACCUGUUGACAGACUUUGCCAGUUUUAUGGUGAGCUUGUUAGCCUUGCUGCUUGCCUCGAGACAACCAACCAAGAAACUUAGCUUUGGGUGGUAUAGAGCAGAAAUUUUAGGUGCAUUAUCGUCUAUAUUAAUGCUGUGGGUGUUAACUGGUAUCGUAGUUUAUAUGGCCAUCAAAAGGUUGAUAUCUAAUGAUUAUGAUAUUAAUGCUACAGUGAUGUUAAUAAUAGCUUCCUGUGGCGUGGCAUUUAAUUUAUUCAUGGGGUUAACUCUACAUCAGCACAGCCAUAGCCAUGGAGGAAUUUCUCAUUCCCAUGAUUCACCUGCACGACAGAAUUAUAAAACUAUAAAUAACCAGGAUGUAGAAGACAGUGACCAUAGCAACCACAGUGGCCAUUCUCACCAAAGUAAUAUAAAUGUACGAGCAGCAUUCAUCCAUGUGAUGGGAGAUCUUAUACAAAGUGUUGGCGUACUGAUAGCCGCCAUUAUGAUAUAUUUUAAGCCUGAAUGGAAGAUGGCUGAUCCAAUAUGCACAUUCCUUUUCUCUAUAAUUGUCAUGGUGACUACAAUCACUGUUGUCAGAGAUAUUUUAGUAGUACUAAUGGAAGGUACACCCAGAAGUUUAAAUUUUGUUGAAGUUCAGGGAAGUUUUUAUAGCAUUCCAGGAGUAAAGGAUCUACAUGACUUAAGGAUGUGGUCCCUAUCACUCAAUAAAAUAGCAUUAUCCGUUCAUAUAGCUGUUGAUCAAGAUGCAGACCCAUUAAAAGUAUUAAAAUUAGCAUCAGCCAUGGUACAAAAAAAGUAUGGUAUAGCAGAGACGACGAUUCAAGUAGAAGAAUACAUUAAUGAGAUGGAGAACUGUACACAUUGUAAAGACUUGCCAGAUUAAGAUACAGUUUUAUACUGCGAUUAAUAAUGUUCUUGUGGAAGGUGCUGGCAUGUCAUUUAACAUGGGUUAUCUCCCAUUUUCUAGAGUUCUUACAAAUGUAUUUGGGUUGUCUCCCAUUUUCAAGAGUUGUGAAAUGGGUUAUCUCCCUUUGGAAUUGUAAAAUUAAUUAUCUCCCAUUAUUCAAAGUUGUGAAAUAGUAAUUUCUUAUUUUUAAGACAGUUUGUAUCAAUUUUUUAAAUCUUAUAUCUGGGUUUUGAUAAAAAAUGAACGUCAAAAUUGGGAUUGAAUUGGGUCAAGUUUCCACAUGACUAAACCCUGGAAAAAAAUCAUUCACUCUUGUAAUUCUUUAACUUUGUAUUAUUUUUAUCCACGAUUAGAUGGAAAUAAUGUUAAAUAACAUGUUUCGUGUGUGUAACCUCAAUUCAAGCAUCCAUUUCGUUUAUAAUUGUAACAAAAGUAGCCCAAUGAACACAUAUUAUUGAAAAAAUAACACUGCCACAAUCAGAAGUUUAUGUAACCAAUCAUAUUAAUGGAUUACUAAUUAUGCAAAUCAUGUAAGAACUAUUUGCAUAUAUUUACAUGUUAAAUGAUUGAACUGUAGACAAAGAUGGGAAUAAACUUUAGCCCAUGUUAAAUGACAUACUGAAAUACACUGUAUGUUACAGUGCUCAAAUAUAGCAAUUAUUAUGAUACUCUAUUUAUACACAGAAAUUAUUGAGUGCAUUUAUUAUUGCAAUUUUUAAAGUAUGGACAAAAAUGGAAGAUGAGUUUUUGUGAUUUCUGGAAAAUCUGCAUAAUGAUACAUGUAAACUGAUAAAACUGAAUGUAUGUUCUAAUCAAAGUGAUACUCACCUUGCAAUAAUUUCUGAAUUAAGUAUUUUCUAUGAAUAUGCAUUAUGAGAGAUAUUCUUUUCAAAAAUAAGUUGUGAUUAUAUUUUUUUUUAUUAUUUAUUACCAUUUUACCUACCACUGUUAAUUUUUGUUGAAUUAUGUAGUGCUAUUUCAAAUAUUCAGAAGAGAAUGUGGGCACAGAUUCAAUAAUAGAAUACUAAAAUAUCAGACAUUUAUUGUUAAAAAAAUUCUGGAGUUCAAAGGUCAUCUACCAAACCAUAUGUAGCUGAUUAUAUAUUGUAAUCAGAUAUAAUAAGUAAAAUAUAUUUAAUAAACAGAUAGACCCUUAUUUUAUUUCACCAUUGUUUGGUCUUGUGUUUACCUACCGUAUUUGUUAUAUAUAAAUUUUUUAACUGUAUAUUUAUAAUGACUUGUUUAUUUUAAAACAAUCAUUUAUUACUUCAAAAACAGUCAUAUAAUUUUUUAGGGUAAACUGCCAAUGUGUAUACUGUUAUUAUUCAUUAUUUUAAAAAAUCUAUCUUAAGUUGGGUGUUUUCACCAUGUUUAAAUUUCACAAUUUCUAGGACCAAACUUUUUGAUGAGGUUAUAUUAUUCGUUGAUCAAACUUACCUUAAAUACUUGUAUUAUCUGGAUUGGCCAACAAGACUUUUUUUAUUGUUGCAAUUAAAUUAUACAAGUUUCUUGGAUCACUACCAGUUACCAGAUAGAAGCUAAGAUUUUAAAUUGUUUGUUCUUCAUUUGAAUAUCAUACUGAGGAGACUGUAGGGUGAAGCCACAUGUUUGGACCCUUGAAUUUGAAGAUUGAAAAGAAUAAUAUAUUUUGAAUGGAGUUGCUAGAAUUUUCUUGAAUGAUUCACACUUUUUGUAUUGCAAGUGAACCUUUGUAAAUUGCCAAAAUAGCUUCAUUUUUAGAUCUAGUUAUUAAUGUUUAGAUAAAAGCCAAGCCUGUACCCAAUAAGAUAUGUUGCUUCAAUAUGUUUUUUUAGAAAGAAGUUAAAAUUAAUAAAAUGUCUAUUUGGGUACAUUUAAGGAAAUAUUUCUAUGCAAUAUACUGAGAUAUAUAAGUUACAAAAUGAUGUGUAUGUGUAUUGUCAUGUUUGUUAAGUAAACUAAACAAGUUCAUGGUACAUGAAUAUAGCUUUUUUGAAAAUAUCAAUGAUAUCACUGUUAAAAGUAUAAUGUCAUAAUCAAAGUUAUCUUCCAUUAUUCAUAGUUGUAGUUGUACCAACACUAAUAAUAGACUCAUAUAUUCAGAAGUGCCUUUCAUAGGUUAAAACAAUGAAAAGUUUAACUCUGAGUUCCCUCUGAAAAUAAUGCAACCUUGCCCUUCAGUACUAACAAGCACUCUGAUUUUCAAUGUGGUUUUAUUAUUUGUCCUCUAUGAAGGUUGAUCAGAUAUUUUGUCUAUGUGAUGCUGCAAAAGGGAUAAGAAUGUACUGCACAAAAAUAUAUCACUUGUAAAAAGUAAAAUCACAAAAAUACUUAACUCAGAGGAAAAUCAAUUAGGAAAGUCCAUAAUCACAUGGCAAAAUCAAAUAACAAAACGCAUCAAAAACGAAUGGACAAGAACUGUCAUAUUCCUGACUUGGUACAGGCAUUUUCAAAUGUAGAAAAUGGUGGAUUAAACCUUGGUUAAACAUGGUGGAGAAAUGGGUAUUGAUUUUUAAAAAUUUUAUAGUUAAGGGAAGAGUUUCAUAAAUAUAAAGCCAGCCUAAAAGAUUUCUUUAAACUUUGUCAUUAGGAGUCUUGUGAAAUUUUUUUAUUAGGGGUCUUGUGAAAUUUUGUCCUCAAACAACAGUAAUAUUAUACAAUUGUUUUACAGACGCCAAUAGCUGGUCUAGUGGCCAUUUACUUAUUCCUUUAUGCCUCACUUAGGGGCAUUAUGUUUUGUAUCUGUGCAUCCCUUUAUUCAUUUGUCCAUUAGUGCACAUGUACCUUAUAAUAUGAUCUCUUGAAUUUUACACUCCACUGAACAUAUAAAAUGUUAAUGCGAGUGAGGCAUCUGUGUACUAGGGACACAUUUUUGUUAAAUUAUAAAUAAAUGUUUUCGUGUAUUUUGAAGGAAAAAUUAAAAGGUACGGUACGUUCAUUUUUCCUCAAAUAUGAGA